AUGCCAGUUUCGUUGACUAACCGUUUUCUGUCUAUUGAUUCUGUUUUCAUUCUUUCUCAGUUUGAUCCGGAAUUAGUACUUGUUUCCGCUGGAAAUGAUUCUUCAUUCGUCUGUCCUGUGGGUGGUUCUUAUCUGAAUACUUUAAGUGAAUCAGUUGGUCAUACUUUGUCUGCUCUAUUAGGUGAUCCAAUGAAACCAAUCAAUCCAAGGUGA